GGAAAAGAAACAAAGAAGAGGCGACUCGAUGCAGUUAAACCUAUUCGAUUCGAAUCCGAUGGAAGGCGGCGGCAGCGAUUGCCGGCGGCCAGCCUCCGACGAUCACGAGGGGACGGCGGUUGCCAGUCUCCCUAGCUCCAGGAAGAGGAAGGCGGCUAAGGAUUUAGAGGAGGAGGAGGAGGAUUUGCAGCCGGAGGAGGAGGCGCGUCCGCCGGCGCCGCCGGCGAAGGGUCGGUCGUGUCUGCCGGCGGCGUGCCAUGAGGACGGCAUCAUCCCGGCAUUUGUGAUCCCGGGCAGCAAGCAUCGCGACGGGUCCAUCUACAGGACGGAUGCGCACUACUGGCACGGCCUCUACCACCUCGACGAUACCAGCGAAACUCGCCUGGAACCGAUGACACCAUCAUAUUCAGAGCAGGACUGCAGGCCAUGCGUCACCGAUUGCCAGUGGCACAUUGGUUGCUCCAUGAUGCAGAUCUUCUCCCUCGAGCUAGCCGAAAUCUCAAAUUUCGCCACCGGAGCUGCUGGUGCCGGUGCUAUUCAGCUGUAUGGGUUCAUGGCUGCGCGGGAUCUUUUGGACCCGCUGCGAAACUACGUCUUCAACCGCACCAGGGACGAUCCGUUCACCAUCCGCGACGUCUCCUAUCCGUUUAUACAGAUGACUGGCCCUAAGAGGGGCAUCACGAUGAACUCCCGCGUGAUGAUCGAGUACGACCUGAGGAUCAAGAGGGGAGAGAAUGAACAAGAUGAUCUGGUGCUCAUCGACGGGGCUGCCACCUUCAGCGAGAUAACGAAUUUCAUACCGUACAUUUAUCGCAUCCAUGGGGAUUGCGGCAUGGCGGUGGACAUAACGCUAGCACACUUCAUCCUUGCAAUUGAGGCAACGUUGCAAGUUCGAAUAUAUGAACUAAAGGAUGGCUGUGGCAGCCUAAACUUGACUAUAACUUGUCGUGUUAGUCAUAUGACCCCACAAAUUAAGCUCUUUCAAGGUCCCAUUGAUAAGCUACGUGACCAAAAUAGGUUUGUGGUUGUUGCAACACUGAACACUUUGAUGAUUACAGAGUUCAAGCUAACACAUCAGCAUGGCUCAAUCAGUCGGAGAUUUGAGUCCAGGGUUGUACCACAUGGAAGUAUGUCUCAUUGCGCCAAGUUUGCGGAUUUAGCCACUAUAGGUGUGGAGAUCUUUUGGUCAAUCUUACCCACUUCGCUACAAGAAGGCUUUUGAGCCUUCUACUUUGUUACAUUCUAUUUAUUUUCAGGCAAAAAAUCACCUACCUGUAAAUAGCUAAGAGCAAUGCAAGUUUUUUAUUAGGAUUUGUGCCAUAUAUAUUGCCAUAUGAACCAGAACCAACCAAGGCUUCAUGUGUAUGUCAAUUGUUGGGCAAACCUUGCCAUAUGAGCAAAAAAUAUUUUUUUUUCUUUCAA